CGCACCGAAUAGCUUCCGGGUCAGCUGUAAUGUGGUUCGGUGUGGAUUGGUGACUUGUAUGAAUCUGACUAAAGUUGAAGCCAUUUACUACGCCGUGUCGGAUAACUAAUACAGGAACAUUCCAGCGAAGUAAAAACACCCUCCAGUGCAGUAAACAUAAACUAAAGCGAUGCCGGGGUUAAGUUGCAGGUUCUAUGAGCACCGGUUUCCAGAGGUGGAGGAUGUAGUCAUGGUGAACGUGCGCUCCAUCGCUGAGAUGGGCGCCUAUGUCAGCCUUCUAGAGUACAACAACAUCGAAGGCAUGAUCCUGCUCAGUGAGUUGUCCCGUCGACGUAUCCGCUCCAUCAACAAACUCAUCCGCAUCGGGCGCAAUGAGUGUGUGGUCGUCAUCCGAGUGGACAAGGAGAAAGGCUACAUCGACUUGUCAAAGAGGAGAGUGUCACCAGAGGAAGCCAUCAAGUGUGAGGACAAGUUCACCAAAUCCAAAACAGUGUACAGCAUCUUGAGGCACGUAGCGGAGGUGUUGGAGUACAGUAAAGAUGAGCAGCUUGAGAGUCUGUACCAGCGGACCGCCUGGGUCUUCGACGAGAAGUACAAGAAGCCCGGAUACGGCGCCUACGACGUCUUCAAACAGGCCGUCUCGGACCCCGCGAUCCUGGAUGGCCUGGACCUGACGGAAGAGGAGAGGAAAGUUCUCAUCGACAACAUCAACAGACGACUCACACCCCAAGCUGUCAAAAUCAGAGCAGAUAUUGAAGUGGCGUGUUACGGGUACGAGGGCAUCGAUGCGGUCAAGGAGGCCCUCAGAGCUGGACUCAACUGCUCAACGGAAGCCAUGCCAAUCAAGAUAAACCUGAUCGCUCCUCCGCGGUACGUGAUGACCACGACUACUCUGGAGCGCACGGAGGGGCUGUCCAUGCUGAACCAGGCCAUGGCGGCCAUUAAGGAACGCAUCGAGGAGAAGAGGGGAGUCUUCAACAUACAGAUGGAGCCUAAGGUGGUGACGGACACGGACGAGACGGAGUUGGCGCGGCAGCUGGAGCGUCUGGAGCGGGAGAACGCCGAAGUGGACGGAGACGACGACGCUGAGGAGAUGGAGGCUAAGGCUGAGGACUGAAGACCAAAAUAACACAAAAUGGCGGCGCAUCAAGGAAAACAAACACACCUGGAGACGAAUAACGGAAUAAAGGGCGUUUCUCAAAGUGAAGUGCUCCAGCCUUGUUGGUGCGAGUAACCCCCAUUUUUCGCUGAAGUAUCCGAUUAUUAAUUACACUUAGGACUAGUUAUUGGGUACUAGUUCUCCUUAGGACUAGUUAUUGGGUACUAGUUCUCCUUAGGACUAGUUAUUGGAUACUAGUUCUCCUUAGGACUAGUUAUUGGGUACUAGUUCUCCAUGAAAAAUGGGCGUUACUUGCACUGGCAAGGAUAGAACACUUCACUUCUAGAAAAACCCGGAGAGGGAGAGGGAGCGUGAGGAGAACCUUCCCAUCACUCACUCGACCUUCAAAAACAAGAACUUUACUUUUGUAUUCUUUGAGCCGUACGAGAAAUACUAUGUGCGAUUGAAGCUCAGAAGACGUUAAUCAGCUGAGGGCACAGCAAAGGCCCCAGAUACACACAUAUAUAUAUCCAAUACACACAUUAACUAUUUGGAGAUUUGAUAGGAAUACAUUACUUAGAACAAGACAACAGCUGUGGCCUUCAUAGUGAUUUAUGUGCAGACACGUCUCCACAUGUUCACCUUUCCACCUCAUCUCAACACGGCGAGGUGUGUGUGAGAAAAGGGGGAGCGUUAGUGAGAUUGUUAACUUCUGUUAAGAACUGCCCUAUGACGCAUUGUAAAACCUGUGCAACGUGUAGGGUUGUCUGCUCUUUUGUUGCUCAUAUGCAUUCAAUAAAUAAAAACAUUGGAUAUGAA